GAGCGUUGGGCUUUACCUCCCGGCUUUCCCGAGCCUUAGCGCCUCCUCUGCCGGCUUCUUCCUCAGACCGCUUCUUUCCCGCUAGCUCAGAGGUUCCCUCAUGGCGACCCGCAGUCCUAGCAUCGUGAUUAGCGAUGAUGAACCAGGCUAUGACCUAGAUUUAUUUUGUAUACCUCAUCAUUAUGCCAAGGAUUUGGAGAGGGUGUUUAUUCCUCAUGGACUGAUUAUGGACAGGACUGAAAGACUUGCUCGAGAUGUCAUGAAAGAGAUGGGAGGCCAUCACAUUGUGGCCCUUUGUGUGCUCAAGGGGGGCUAUAAAUUCUUUGCUGACCUGCUGGAUUACAUUAAAUCGCUGAAUAGAAAUAGUGAUAGAUCCAUCCCUAUGACUGUAGAUUUUAUCAGACUGAAGAGCUACUGUAAUGAUCAGUCAACAGGGGACAUAAAAGUUAUUGGUGGAGAUGAUCUCUCAACUUUAACUGGAAAGAAUGUCUUGAUUGUUGAAGAUAUUAUUGACACUGGUAGAACAAUGCAGACUUUGCUUUCCAUGGUCAAGCAGUACAGCCCCAAGAUGGUUAAGGUUGCAAGCCUGCUGGUGAAAAGGACCACUCGAAGUGUUGGAUACAGGCCAGACUUUGUUGGAUUUGAAAUUCCAGACAAGUUUGUUGUUGGAUAUGCCCUUGACUAUAAUGAGUACUUCAGGGAUUUGAAUCAUGUUUGUGUCAUUAGCGAAACUGGAAAAGCCAAAUACAAAGCCUAAGACAAGAGUCAAGUUGAAUCUGCAAAUACGAGGAGUCACAUUGAUGUUGCCAGUAAAAUUAGCAAGUGUUCUAGUUCUGUGGCCAUCUGCUUAGUAAACCUUUUUGCAUGAACCUUUAAGAAUUUUAUGGUGUUUUUAUUUUGAGAAUCUCAGUUGCUGCAUCCCCAAACUUUUGAUUUGCACUAUGAGCCUGUAGGCAGACUAUCAGUUUCCUUUGGUAGAUUGUCACUUACCUUAUGAGUAAAACAAAGCUCUUAAAUUACCACUGUUAAAUAAUAAUACUGAGAUUGUAUCUGUAAGAAGCAUUUAAAGAGAA